GGAAGAUCUCCAUGUUUCUUUAGCAAAAAAUCUAUAUUUUGAGAAGAGAUUCCCAUGUUUUCUUUUCUUGAGAACCAUGCUCCUGUGAUGGAUGACCUAUGAUCCAGUAAGACCCAGUUUGGAAGUACUACAUUUGGGCCUACAGCUGUACGAAUCCAGUAAAGGCUAAGCCCAGUACAACUACUUGUCUCUCAGUACUGUAGGGCCCAAUAGAAUUAUAGCCCGAGCCAAAAAGGGAUUGCACGGGCCGGAAUCCCAUUUCGACCUCAUCCACGACGCGACGCACCCGCCGCGCCUCCGGCGCACGACGCGCCCGCCCUUGCCAUCGUCUUCACUGCCCUCGCCGGCCGUGACACGCUCGCUGCACGCCGCUCGUUCCUCCUCCACGCUCGCUGCCACAAGCGAUGCCUCCUCCCACCGUCCCCUUCUUCCUCACCUCCACCACGCUCGCCACCGCCGCGAAACCGCAACGGCAGCAGCUACCGGCGCAGCCGCCGUCAUGCGGCGCCCAAACCCCAGCCGACUCCCUCGCCGCGUCGUACACCGCGCGCAUGCGGCUCAACCCGCACCUCGCGCUCCGCUUGUUCGACCACCUGCUCCGCUCCGGCGCCGACCCGGACCCCAUAGCGUACGCGCUCGCCCUGGCCCGCUGCGCGCGGGCGCGGGCCCACCCCGCUGCCGCGCAGCUCCACGGGCACGCCGCCAAGCGCGGGGCCGCGUCCCACCGCCGCGUGCGCAACGGGCUCAUCCACGCCUACUCCGUCUGCGGGAUGCUCCGCGACGCGCGCAAGGUGUUCGACUAUGGGCCCGAGGUGGACAUGAUCGCCUGGAACUGCCUGCUGCGAGGGUACGCGCAUGUCAGGGACGCAGGAGCACUCCGGGAGUUCUUCGCGCGGAUGCCAGCCCGAGACUCGGUCUCUUGGAACACGGUCAUUGCAUGGUGUGUUGUGAAUGGGGAGCAUGAGGAGGCAGUUGCGGUGUUCCGGGAGAUGCUUGCGAGCAAUGAGUGCCAGCCUGAUAGGGUGACAUUGGUGAGCGUAAUCUCAGCAAUCGCGUACUUGGGAGCACUUGCGCAGGGGCUCUGGGCACAUGCAUAUGUUUGCAGGAAAGAGAUUGAGGUCGAUGAGAAGUUGAGCUCAGCUCUAAUAAACAUGUACUCCAAGUGUGGUUUCAUUGAGGGUUCAGUUUAUGUGUUUGAAAAUUCGUGUGCGCUGAGGAGCGUGGAUACCUGGAAUGCGAUGUUAGCUGGUUUCACAGCAAGUGGCUGCAGUGAAAGAGCUUUGGAUCUUUUUGCUAGAAUGGAGUCAUCUGGGUUCAUGCCUAACAAAAUUACGUUUAACAGUUUACUGAAUGCUUGCAGCCACGGGGGGUUUGUUGAGGAAGGUAUUGGUUAUUUUGAGAGAAUGACAAAUUCGUAUAGUAUUGAGCCCGACAUUGCCCACUAUGGUUGUAUGGUGGAUCUGUUUUGCCGCGCGGGGCUGUUUGAGAAGGCAGAGGAGAUGAUUCAGAUGAUGCCAAUGGAGCCAGAUGCUGCUGUGUGGAAGGCCCUAGUUGGUGCUUGUAGAACUUACAACAACUUCGAGUUGGGAAAGAAGGCAGGCCACAGGCUUAUCGAGGCUGCACCGAAUGAUCAUGCAGGGUAUGUGUUACUAUCCAACAUUUAUGCGCUGGAUGGCAACUGGAAAGGAGUGCAUAAGGUGAGGAAGCUGAUGUUGGAUUGUGGAGUGCAGAAGGUACCUGGGAGCAGUUCAAUAGAACUUGAUGGUGUUAUUCAUGAGUUCAUAUCUGGAGAUAAAAGUCACUCAAGGAAGAGGGAUGUAUAUGAGAUGCUAAGCGAGAUAUGCCAGCAGUUGAAAAUUGCGGGAUAUGCUCCAGACACCUCCCAAGUGCUGCUAGAUAUUGAUGAUGAGGAUGUGAAAGAGAGUUCACUUGCUCUUCACAGCGAGAAGCUUGCACUUGCCUUUGGGUUGAUUAGCACUGCACCUGGGACACCAAUUAGAAUUGUAAAGAACCUCCGGGUCUGUGGAGACUGUCAUAAUGCGAUAAAACUUCUAAGCAAGAUUUAUGGGAGGUGCAUUAUUGUUAGGGAUGCAAAUCGAUUUCAUCGUUUCAGAGAAGGGUCUUGUUCUUGCGGAGAUUACUGGUAACCUUUCAGAUGAGCUGCAGUUCAGUUCCGUUAGUUUCUUGUUACACAGAAAUAUAUAGCAUGCUAGAAAUGUUCUGGCAAUGAUUAUACUUGUCCAUUUGAGAAAGAUUUUUAGAUGGGCCAUGAAGCUCUUGACUCGA